GCCUCCUGCAUCUGAGGUGAACUUCAGUCAUCACAACAACAAGAGCUGAUUCUUUUAUUAUUCUUUCACAGUAUUUACAGCUACAGACUUUAGACCAUGUUAGCGUCAUUAUGCGCAAUGCUGCAGGCGCUUUAAAGCUGACCGGUCUGCGCAGGCGUGAGAGGAUGGGGCAAUAAAAAGCAUUUAAAUUAAAGGCUGGCAUACACAGCUAUUGACUGAUAAUAGCGCGGUGUCAGUGCUGGAGUUCCUGUCUGAGCAGUAGUAAGCUGGAAGCAGAGACUGAGAAGAGACGACAACUCAACACUAAACUUAAAACAUGUCGAAACCAGGCAGUGCAAAGGGCCGACCUCACACUGGGACAAGGCGGUUCAUCAGUGGGGUAGUGGAAGGUUUUUAUGGGCGACCAUGGACUAUGGAGCAGAGAACAGAGCUGUUUAAAAGAGAACAGAAGUGGGGUUUGAACACGUACCUGUACGCCCCCAAGGACGACUACAAACACAGGAUGUACUGGAGGGACUUGUACUCUGCAGAGGAGGCAGAACAACUCAUCGCCCUGAUAUCAGCAGCUAAACAGCACGACGUGGAGUUCGUCUAUGCGAUCUCUCCCGGCCUGGACAUUACUUUCUCCAACCCCAAAGAGGUUGCUGCCCUGAAGAGGAAGCUGGGUCAGGUGAGGCAGUUUGGCUGCAGGUCCUUCUCUUUACUGUUUGAUGACAUCGAGACUGAGAUGUGUGCAGCUGAUAAGCAGGCCUUUAGCUCCUUCGCCCACGCUCAGGUGGCCAUCACUAAUGCGGUGUACCAGCACCUGGGAGACCCUGAGACCUUCCUUUUCUGUCCCACAGAUUAUUGUGCUGCGUUCUGUACCCCCAACGUGUCCCAGUCCUUGUACCUGCACACUGUGGGAGAGAAGCUGCUGCCUGGGAUAGAUAUACUGUGGACUGGUCCUAAAGUGGUAUCCCACAAAAUCUCUGUUGAGUCCAUAGAAGAGGUGUCCUCCGUCCUGAGGAGGGCACCAGUCAUCUGGGACAAUAUCCACGCAAACGACUAUGACCCCCAAAGGCUGUUCCUCGGACCCUUUAAGGAUCGUCCCACUGAGCUGAUCUCCAAACUGGGAGGAGUGCUCACCAAUCCCAACUGUGAGUUCCACCCAAACUUUGUGGCCAUCCACACUUUGGCUACGUGGUGCAAAGCAACAACUGACGGAGGACAGAGGGAUGUGGAAAUGGUCUCUCCAUCCCCAGACGAUGAGGAGCAGGACCCCUGCUACAGCCCUCAGAAAGCCCUGACGCUGGCUCUCACCGACUGGCUGCAGGAGUUUAUGAGCACCGACCAACCUGGAGGCCCUUGUCGUCCUGCAGCUCGUUUCAAGAAGGAGUCGUCAGAAGAGGAGCCCAUGCAGACGGACAUGGGAGAGAGCUCCUAUGUUCCUGGAGCUGGGGAGAACCCUCUGUACACAGCGGAGCCCCUGACCCUCGAUGACCUGAAGCUGCUGUCUGACCUCUUCUACCUGCCAUACGAAUACGGCCCGACAGCCCGGACCAUGCUGCAGGAGCUGGACUGGCUCAAGAACCACAGUUGGGCUGCCACCGCAGAGACAGACAAGACUGCGGAGUGGCGCUCAAGAGCACAGCAGUUCGAUGACAUGUGCAAAGCGGUGGUGCAGAUGUUCAAUCGUCUGUCAAACGCCCCGAACCGCAGAAUUCUGUACGACCUCUACAACUACAUCUGCGACAUCAAGAGUGGGGUCGGUCUGGCUCGAGCCUACGUGAAAACACUCGGAGGGCAGGCUCAACCCUCAGCCCAGCUGUUGAACGAUGAUCCUGAACCCUGGGGCUUCAGAGGAGGCCUUUCUGGAGAGUUACAGAGAAUGCUGCCUUGCCACGGAAACAGGGAUCUGUUCAGACAUCCUCCCAUGACGGCGGUUUACAGCAUACGGCUGUAUUGCCCUGAGGACAAGCUGGAGGUGCAAAGGAUUUUCAAGGAGAUGCAGAGCGCAGGAGAGGGCAAAGUCCCCUUGAUGAUGCAGCCUCCACUGAUCUGUGACGGUCUGUCAGCAGGUGAGAUCUCCCCCUCCCCUCAGUGUGCUCUCGUCCUGGAGGAUGAGAUCGGGAUGUGUGGUUACGCCCUGGCGCUCAUCGACGCCAAACCAGCCGCAGCCAAGAUUCAGAGGGCACUAGGUGAUUCAGUGUUCAAGGACUUCCCCUCCCUGGUUACCAUACAAGUGCUGCCCCGGGUCACUGAUCCCUCUCCAGCCAAGCGCAUGAUUGGUCGGUUGUUGUCCUCCAUCAGGAGCAGUGGUUCCAGAGGAAUGUUCUGUGAGUUGAGGCAGAGCGAUCGGAGGAUGCUCGACUUCUACACUAAACUGGGCUUCUUCAAACCCAUACAGCCGGCCGGUCUACCUCCAGACAUCAUCGCCAUGGGAACAAGCCUGUGAUCAAGAUGAAUCACUAGGACUUUCCUCAGGUUUGAAAUGUUGAGAUGAAACUUUGAAUAAUGGCUUUGCAGCAUUUCAAACUGAAAUUCAUCAUCGUUUUUGAUCAGUUAAUAUCAUUUGUGUAGUUUAGUAGCCAUUCUUGUGCAAAGUUGUAACAUUAGUCAAGGAAAUGUGCAAUAAAGUACUGUAUGAUGAAAAGUGUAAUGCAAUACUGAUUUUGUAGACAUUAACAUUUUAAAAUGUAAAGAUUUUUAAGAUACAUUUGUUAAAAAUAAAACAUUUAACAACCUUAAGUUCCUAAUUUGUUGCAUC